AUGACUUCCUCUUACAUCAGCUCAUCCUGUCCUCUGGGUGCCAAGAUCCCUGGAGCAGAAAACGUUUUCAUUGACGUUGGGUGCCAACCUGGAGCAGAGGCCAAGGUGGCCUUCCCAUGCCUCUUGGCCAAUGUGGCACAUGCCAACCGAGUCCGUGUGGGGUCUACCCCUCUGGGCCGACCCAGUCUCUGUCUACCCCAAAGCUGCCGCACUGCUUGUCCCUUGCCAGGGACCUGCCACAUUCCUGGCAACAUUGGAAUCUGUGGGAGCUAUGGUGAAGGCAGUCUGAAUGGCCAUGAGAAGGAGACCAUGCAGUUUCUGAAUGACCGCCUGGCCAACUACCUGCAGAAGGUGCGCCAGCUAGAGAAGGAGAACGCGGAGCUGGAGACCGGCAUCAGAGAGAUUAGUAAAUGCCAUGAGUCCACAGUGUGCCCGGACUACCAGUCCUACUUCCGGACCAUUGAGGAGCUCCAGCAGAAGAUCCUGUGUAGCAAGGCUGAGAAUGCCAGGCUGAUUAUACAAGUUGACAAUGCCAGACUGGCUGCUGAUGACUUUAGAAUCAAGCAUGAGAGUGAGCACUCCCUGCGUCAGCUGGUGGAGGCAGAUAUGUGUGGGAUGCAGAAGCUCCUGGAUGACCUGACCCUGGCCAAGGCUGACCUGGAGGCCCAGCAGGAGUCCCUGAAGGAGGAGCAGCUCUCUCUCAAGAGCAACCAUGAGCAGGAAGUGAAGAUUCUGAGGGGUCAGCUGGGAGACAAACUUCGGAUUGAGCUGGAUACUGAGCCUACCAUAGACCUGAGCAGGGUGCUGGAGGAGAUGCGGUGCCAGUAUGAGACCAUGGUGGAGACCAACCGCCGGGAUGUGGAGCAGUGGUUCCAGGCCCAGUCUGAAGGUAUCAGCCUACAGGCCAUGUCCUGCUCUGAGGAGCUGCAGUGCUGCCAGUCGGAGAUCCUGGAGCUGAAAUGCAAAGUGAAUGCCCUGGAGGUGGAGCGCCAAGCCCAACACAACCUGAAAGAUUGUCUUCAGAACUCACUGUGUGAAGCUGAGGGUCGCUAUGGCACUGAGCUGGCCCAGAUGCAGAGUCUCAUCACUAAUGUAGAGGAGCAGCUGUCUGAGAUCCGGGCUGACCUAGAGCGGCAGAACCAGGAGUACCAGGUGUUGCUGGAUGUCAAGGCCCGGUUGGAGUGUGAGAUAGCCACGUACCGGAACCUUCUGGAGAGUGAGGACUGCAAACUUCCUUGCAAUCCAUGCUCCACCCCUGCCUCCUGUCUGGCUCCUGCUUGUGCUCCUCGCCCAAGCUGUGCCUCCCGUACCACGUGUGGGCCCGGAUCAGCCUGUGGAGUUAGCACUGGGAGCAGAUUCUGAAUACCUGUGGACCAUCUGGGACUGGUUAAGGCU